AUGUCUGAGUCCACAUCCAACAACGCUUUCCGCGCUUCCGCCUGGAUUUCAUACGAACCAGACGGCCCACACCCUUCUAACGAGUAUUCAAACACUCAUAAAAUAGCAACGACGCAAAAUAUGGAUCAGGACGUCGACAUGGACGCCCCGCUGAUAUCUACUCUGCGCGACGAAGCAAGUCCUCCUCCCGCACCUCCACCCCCCUCUGGACGCGUAUCCAAGUUCAGGGUCAAGUUGAAAGUCACUGAGCCAUCGUCUGCUGCUUCUGCACCAUCUGAAACGGCAGCAGCGUCGACGGCAGGUACUGCAAGAGGGGAGGACAGUCAGGAAGAAGGUAGUCACGACUCUCCGGACACUGAAGAGGAGUGGGAUCAACUUGCAGAUGAUGACGAUGCAGCGCCGCCGCCGCCUUCUGUCGUCGGGACACCGAGUCGUCAGCCGGCGGUGCCGACCCCGCCUACCAGAAGCCGGGGCACUGGUAGAGGACGAGGAAGGGGAAGAGGAAGGGGGAGAGGUGCUGCCGUUAGUGCUGCAGAACCUCCGCAGACGAUAUUCGAGAUUCAGCCGAGUAUCGCUCAGGCGGAGCAUGGGACACCCGGUAUACUUGAUACUGGGAGUGCGGGCUUCGGGACGCCCUCGUCAAUCAAGGCCCCGCGAAAACGUGCCGCUAAAAAGAUAGAUAGCGAGAAGAAGAAACCAGGUCGAAAACCAAAAGGAUCUAAAGUUGCGCAGCUUCAGGACGAUGCUGCCAGCGUUGCCAGCGAAUCACUCAUCGGAACAGCUAGCUCCUCUCCAGUCAUGCGAGGAGAGUUCUUGACACCAGAGCAUGACCUAACUCCACUCGCCCUCCCUCCCCCGGCUUCAGAAGCUCAACAACAGCACCAACAACCCGGCCAAACUCAAGCCACCCAACAAGAAAAGCAACAAGAAAAACACGCUCUCGACCCCUCCGUCCCCAUACCCGUCUACCGCCUCCCAACAAAACCCUUCCUUGUCCAACCCCCACCCAAGAUCCCCGCGGGCUUCGCACCCCUUUUCUCACUCGAGCGUGGCAACGCCGCUCGUGCACCUGUACGGCACUGGCGACUCGCGCAACGCGCGAUACGCGGAAUCGCAGGCGGGCAGUGGUUCGCGCGUACCUGGGUCGGUGAAAAGGAAAGUACGUAUGCUACUGUGACGGGUAGAGACGCCAUCGGGAUUGAAAACGUUCCUUUCGUCGUUGGCGGACAUGGCCAUGGACAUAGUCACAGUCAUACGCCGACGGGAAGAGGACGAGGUAGUGCGAACGCAAGUACGUUAGCCUCUCCUGCGCUCUCAGCUUCCAAGUUACCCAGCGUGGGGGCGCCUCCUUCUGCUGUACCGAUCGCUGCUAAGCCCCCUGGACGCUCGAAGCUGGGUAGUUCACUUAGUGUUGGAGGCUCGACGGCUGAUUCGUCUCGCGCUGGGUCGGCGGAUAUUGUGAACCCUGCAGAGAGACCACCGUCGUCUGUUAUGCUUUCGGAGAAACAGCCGUUCCCUUCGUCGAAAAUGAGACAUAGCGUCUCUGUGGAGUCUUUCGCGAUGGACGAAGCGGUGUGAUAAGUCGUCGCAUAUUUUGCUCAAAAAGACUUUCCCCUCCCGACUUGGUUUUUCCUGCCUCUUUCUUUUUCUUGUUUUUCACUCUGAAAAUGCUGUCUUGUGUGUCUGUGUAUCUCAUUCUUGUUGUCUCACAUCCACCUAUUAUCUGCAACAUCCUAACCCAGUUAUUUAUUCGAUCCUGUUCAUUAAAAAAACAGCUCUCAUCCAUUACUCUCCCGUCAUUACUAUACUUGAUUUUGCAUCAUCCACGUUUGGGGUUCUACCGGAAUGGAGCACCUAC